UCCCAAAGCCGUGCCACACAAUGGACAGACAGAGAAAGCAUUGAUAGAUACAUAAUUAGGAACGCACGACCAACAAAUCGCUACGGUAGUAGGCUACCAAGAAUGCGAUAACGAGAGCAGUGCAUUAAUGUGUGCAUGGAGUCAUUUAGCAAGUGUUAGUUGCAGCUGUAGCUCUAUCCAUUUUACGGUUAAUGUGCCGCUAGUUGAUUUUUAAAAAUAGGCUUAUUUGCAGAACUACUCACCGAAUUGCUUUUUAUUCGUAUUAUUAGCAUAAAACUAUAGCAGGAGGCAAUGGAAUUUUCGUUCGAUUUAAACGCUAUUUUCCCCGAAAGAAUUUCGGUACUGGAUCAUAAUUUGACGACAGGGCGAAAAGCACUAGGAAGACCUGAUCCUCAGCAUCAAAUAUCAAGAGUUAUAGAUGAGCUAGGCAAAGCGUCGGCCAAGGCUCAACAGUUGGCCGCGCCCAUCACCAGUGCUGCUAAACUGCAGACCAACCGACAUCACCUUUACCUGCUGAAGGAGGGAGAGAGCAAUGGUGGAAGGGGUCUGGCGGUGGGCUUCUUGAAGGUUGGUUAUAAGAAGCUGUUUCUGCUGGACCAGCAGGGGGCUCAUGUGGAGAUCGAACCCCUCUGUAUUCUGGACUUCUUUGUGACCGAGAGUCUUCAGCGGCACGGCUACGGACUGGAGCUCUUCAGCUACAUGCUGCAGCACAAGAGGGUGGAGCCUGUGCGGAUGGCCUAUGACAGACCUUCCCCCAAGUUCCUGUCUUUCCUUGAGAAGCAUUACUGCCUGAAGGGCAGUGUCCCUCAGGUGAAUAACUUUGUGGUGUUCGACGGGUUCUUCAGGGACAGAUCAGCGGCACGGCUGAGAAAAGCUCUCCCAAAAAAGCCGGAAGGAGAGAUCAAGCCGUACUCGUUGACAGAGCGAGAAGUGGUGCGGGAGGAGCAGAGAGCGCUCCCCUGGCCGUUCGCUCCUCCUUCCUCUCCUCCUCUGUCCCUCCCUUCGCAGUGCACUCGCUCCCAGAGUGUAGGCUCCUCCCCCAGCCGCGGCCCCCCCCGGCCACGCCCCGCCCCCCCCACCCCCCACGCCCAGUACCUGGAGAACCUGAACUGCAGGGCCCGCCGAACCAGCCAGCCGGGGCUGGUUGCCAGGAGCAACCUCUACAGUCGUCAUUUAAACAGCAGAGACCUUGGACUGUUGCUGGAGAGACAGCCAAGCUCCCUGAAGCUACCUGGUUUGCAGCCAGUGCAGAGAGAGAGAGAGGCUGACACAAAGGGACAGACAGCAGCUCUCGGACACACAGACGUAGACAGGCCCAUAUCCUCUGCCCAGACUGCGGCCCCCUGCCUCCCUCCUCUCCCCCAGACCUCCGUAGGUCCACAGGAGAGUGGCGGCCCGGAGAGAGGGAACGAGGCGGGGUCAGAGAAGGAUGGAGGGGGAGAGGGCGUGAGAGAGAGGGGGGGGGGAGGAUGGUCCUGGACGGUGGGGGAGCCUCAGUUUACCGCACAGUGGGUCCGCCGAAAACAGGAGUUCAGGAGCACCAGACCCUGGUGAGGGGUGCGGGGGCGAGGCCUACCAAACACGGUCCUGACCACGGGGGCGGAGCUUACACUGAGGAUGUCACUGGAGGGGGCGGAGCUUACACUGAGGAUGUCACUGGAGGGGGCGGAGCUUACACUGAGGAUGUCACUGGAGGGGGCGGAGCUUACACUGAGGAUGUCACUGGAGGGGGCGGAGCUUACACUGAGGAUGUCACUGGAGGGGGCGGAGCUUACACUGAGGAUGUCACUGGAGGGGGCGGAGCUUACACUGAGGAUGUCACUGGAGGGGGCGGAGCUUACACUGGGGAUGUCACUGGAGGGGGCGGAGUUU